AAAUCGGAUGAACCGCUAAACAUAUUCAAUGUGGAAACGGUUAUCAAAAAACAUGAACAAUGGCUUAAACUGAUGCCCAGAGUCAGGCCCUACUAUGCCGUCAAAUGUAAUCCAUACAAACCGUUGCUUAGGCUAUUGUAUGCCAUGGGCUGUGGCUUUGACUGUGCCAGUCAGCAUGAAAUCGAAACCGUACUGUCCAUUGGUACCGAUCCGGACUCAAUAGUCUACGCCAAUCCAAAUAAAACCGACCAAUCGUUAGUCUACUCCCGGAAAAUGGAUAUAAAAUACAUGGCUGUCGAUGGCCAGGAGGAACUUCUGAAAAUCAAUCGCCUAUAUCCCGGUGCUCGACCAUUGUUUCGUCUGAAAGUAGACGAUACCGGUUCCCACUAUAGACUGGGCGAAAAAUUUGGUGCCACUCUAACCGAGUGUCGACAAAUGUUUCGGCUAUGCAGUCAACUGGCCAUACGGCCAGCCGGUGUAGCCUUUCAUGUGGGCGUCUACUGUCAGUCGGCUGAGUCGUAUUUCAUGGCCAUCGAAAUGGCCCGUCAAGUGUUUGAUAUGGCCGCCGAAAUGGGUUUCGCCGGGGAUAUACAUGUAUUGGAUUUGGGCGGCGGUUUUCCCGGUACCGAUCGUUUCUAUUUUGAUCGGUUAGCCACAGAGGUUAGCUCAUUCUCGACAGUAGCCCAGGCUAUUAAUCAGGCAUUGGACAGACAUUUUCCUAAUAGCACUGGUAGUAGCACUGGUACUGAUAUACGUAUAAUUGCCGAACCGGGUACCUACUAUGCCGCGGCUGCCUUUCAACUGCUAACACGUAUUAUAGCCAAACGUAUGGUCUAUACGGAUCAGGAUAUCAAUCAUAAUCAUAGCCAACCUCCCCAUGCAAUGUACUAUCUAAAUGAUGGUGUAUUCGGUUCGUUCAAUAUGUCGGCUAUGAUGGACGCCAAACGUCCGCCACCCAUACCGGUGCUGCCUAAUGGUAAAGGUGCUCGACAACGACAAUCCUAUAGGAGUACACUAUGGGGACCUAGCCUGACCAGUUUGGAUUGUAUUGUCCGGGAUAUACAGAUGCCCGAACUAGAUAUAGGUGAUCAUCUACUGUUUGAAGAUAUGGGCGCCUAUACGUCAACCUAUUCCCCGUACGGUUUCAAUGGUAUGCCCAAUGCCCAACAUUGUAUACAUUUGUCCGGCUAUGUUCAGGAUAAAUAUAGGAAAAUUUUUUGA